AUGUCAAGAAGCAAAAACUAUGGCUCCGAAUACCACUUCCUAAUACAGCACGGGCUCAAGAUCCACAAUGAGGAAGAUCGCGAAGAGGGGCGGGCCAUCUUACGCGCCAUCAUGCGUGAGGAUGAGAUGUCCGAGCUGGAAGGGUCCGAGGAUGAGGAGGAUGAUUUUGACGAGUCACAGUUCGAAAGCCAUCAGGCAGACUAUAACUUUACGGAACGCCAACUUGAUUGGAUCGAAAAGCACUAUCGCAACUCGGAGCAGUUCAUGAUAUGUUUUGGACUCAAAUUCUACGAUGAUAAGGAUCUCGAGGAGGCCAAGGCCAUUAUGGAAGCCAUGAUUGACGGGGAUGAUUAGAGAUACCUUGAAGUGUUGCUCAGAUCUCAGAAGAGAUGCAUAUGGGAGCUCCGUUAUACAUCAAAACAUCUUUAGCUGCUCAUCCAGUACGCACAGAUCACGUACACGUGCCCAACAAGGGGGAUGUAGAGCUCACGAUGGCAUGAAGAAACCACGGUUCUCAAGAAAACCUAUGGUUUCGACUUCCUUAUUCUAACCAUUGGUAUCUUGGUAGCUUGGUGGCUAAUGGGUAGUGUUCGCGCUUGAGAGCUUG